AUGCAGGCCUUCCGCCGUAAUACCCUCUCGGCCGUCCGCAAUGUCGCUUCUCAGCAGCGCCGCGGCUACGCCCAGCCUUCUGCUGCGUACGCCAGCACCGUGAACAACCUCCGGAUCAACAAGGACACUCGAGUUCUGUUCCAGGGCUUCACAGGAAAGCAGGGAACAGCAGGCACCAAUGUCGUCGGUGGUACCAACCCCAAGAAGGCCGGCCAGACGCACUUGGACCGUCCCGUUUUCGCCAGCGUCGCCGAGGCCGUGAAGGAGACCCAGGCCACCGCGUCUGCUAUCUUUGUUCCGUACGAUCUUGAUAAGCUCGAAACUCAUAGAUGA